AUGUCUGAAGCUGGUGUGCUUCAGCAGCCUCAUUCUGAUGCCUUCACAGAGUCCACCUGUGCUUCAAGCAACAAUUCAGCACCCCAUGAUCUUGCUUCAGAUAUGCCCAAUGAACCCUCAGAGGAAGAACCUACUGUGGAAAGGGAAGAAGAAGCUGAUUCCCUCAAUGCAGUCGCCAGCAAGCUGGAGGUCUCCGAUGAACACACCUUGAACACACAAACAGUAAAUACACAGCGCCCAGACUCUCUGUCAGUGCCUUCAGCAGCACCAGCAACACAGUCCAACCUGUGGACAAGUCAGGCCGAUGGUGAAGUGAAGCUCCGCAUGGAAGACUCUGGCCUGGCAGCUGUGAAUCCUCUGACAGUCAAUCAGCUGUUCCAGUCAGCUGUGAAGAAUUUUGGCCAAUUUACUGCUGUGAGCUGGAAAGAAGGCGAGCUGAAGAAGAGCUUGAACUACAAGCAAUACUAUGAGACCUGUCGCACAGCAGCCAAGAGCUUCCUUAAGCUUGGAUUGCAGCGUUACCAUGGUGUCGGUAUCCUGGGAUUCAACUCCGUUGAAUGGUUCAUCGCUGACGUUGGAGCCAUUUUGGCCGGUGGCUUCGCUGUCGGCAUCUACACGACCAACUCCCCUGACGCUUGCCAAUAUGUGGCAAAUAACUGCAAGGCCAAUGUCAUUGUGGUGGAGAACCAUAAGCAGCUUCAGAAGAUAUUACAGGUGCAAGAAAGUCUGCCACACUUGAAAGCUAUUGUCCAGUACAAAGGCGCACUGAAAGAGAAGAGACCAAAUCUAUACACUUGGGCUGAAUUCAUGAAGCUGGGACGCGAUGAACCAGACGGUCCCCUUGACGAAAUCAUCGCCAGCCAGAAGCCGAAUCAGUGCUGCACACUCAUUUAUACCUCAGGCACAACGGGCCAUCCCAAAGGAGUCAUGCUGAGCCAUGACAAUCUGACCUGGACGGCGCUCGCAACCAGCCGUCACGUACGCUUGACCGACGCCACCGAGUCCCAGGAGGUGGUGGUCAGCUACCUCCCCCUCAGCCACAUCGCUGCCCAGAUGGUGGACAUCUGGGUUACCAUGAGGGUGGGCGGAGUCACGCACUUCGCUGACCCGGACGCGCUGAAAGGCUCUCUGGUGAACACCAUGAAGGAAGUGCGACCGACUGCCUUUAUGGGGGUCCCACGUGUGUGGGAGAAGAUGCAAGAGAAGAUGAAGGCCACCGGUGCCAAGUCAUCCACUGUCCGCCGUAAAGUUGCUGCCUGGGCCAAAGAUGUGGGUCUGCACACCAAUCUGAGCAAGAUGAAUCAAAACGGCGCAAUGGACCACACGCCAUUGAGCUAUCAAAUAGCCAAGAAGCUUGUGUUCAAGAAAGUGCGCAAGGCUCUGGGCCUGGACCGUUGCCACAGGUGCUAUACGGGCGCCGCCCCUAUCACACGGGACACGCUGGAGUUCUUCCUCAGUUUGGACAUUCCGUUGUAUGAGCUGUACGGCAUGAGCGAGAGCACCGGACCCCACACCAUCUCCCUUCCCAGUGCCUUUCGGCUCACCAGCUGUGGCAAGGAGCUCCCAGGUUGUAAGACAAAGCUGUACAAUCCAGACAAGGACGGCAACGGUGAAAUCUGCUUCUGGGGUCGCCACGUCUUCAUGGGCUACCUCAACAUGGCCGACAAGACUGAGGAAUCAUUGGAUUCCGACGGCUGGUUGCAUUCCGGCGACCUCGGCAAACGCGACAGCAAGGGAUUCCUCUUCAUCACUGGGCGGAUUAAAGAGUUGAUCAUCACAGCAGGCGGAGAGAACAUCCCUCCCGUGCCCAUCGAGGACGCGGUCAAGGAAGCCCUGCCUUUCAUCAGCAAUGCCAUGCUGAUAGGCGACAAGAAGAAAUUUCUGACAAUGCUACUCACCAUUAAGUGCGAGGUGAACGCCGAUGGCGCUCCGCUGGACGAACUCGCUCCGGAGGCAUUGGAAAUGUGCAAGAAAGCGGGCAGCAAGUCCACCCGUGUCUCAGAACUGGCGGGCGGCCGCGAUCGCGCCAUCAACGCGGCAAUCCAGGAGGGCAUCAACCGUGUCAACGAGAGAGCCACUUCCAACGCUCAGCGCAUUCAGAAGUGGUACAUUUUGGAGAAGGACUUUUCCAUCGCUGGGGGCGAGCUGGGACCCACCAUGAAGCUGAAGCGGCCCACUGUUUCCAAAAUGUACAGAGAGCAUAUCGAAAACUUCUACAGAGAAGUGACGUCUCCGACAACUCCCGACAACCCGCUGUCCCCCAAAUAG